AAAUUAUUUAAAAAAAUGUACUAAAAUGAUCCCCGAUAAUAACAGACUUUCCAAUAAAACAAUAUAUAUUAAAGUUCCCCUAUUCAGAGUCAAUAUGUAAUGAUAAUGCAAAUAUUAUUUAUAAUAGCUUUCGUCUCCAGGAAUUCUGUAACAAUAUCAGCAAUCUCCUCAAAAUGCAAUAAUUCAAUCACCUUAAACUUAUUAGUAGCAAUAAUAGUUUGUAAUUCUAAUGAUUUAUUAAAGAGCUCACCAUAUUAGAUCCCUCAGUCAUAAUAAUUUCUAUAGCAACCAUAAAUGCGAUAAGCUUAACUACCUGUAUAAUAGAAUCAAAUUUUACCUGUUACUUCUCAACCAGUUGUUUCUGUUAGAUCUUAAAGUCCUAUUAAUAUCAAACCAUCUUAUUAACCAGUUAGUGUUAAAGUAGCUUCUCCUGUUGUUCAACCUGUUAGCUAUUAAGUUGCUCCUCCUGUUUAACCAGUUGUAAUUCAACAACCAGUUGUAAUAUAUUUAUUUGUUAUUAUUUCAAUAGACUGUUCAACCAUAAACUUAAGUUUAAGAAUUUAGACAUGUUGAAAGACCCUUAUAAGUUAUUACUGUUGAUGGUAUACUUUUAUAUUAACAUUCUAAUUAGAAAUUGAAGCACCAUGGAGAUUGAAAUGUGCUACUUUAGAAAGAUAGAUUUUAGAAUUAUAAAUUCAAAUUAGAAAAAAUAAUGGAACUAUUGUUGAAGAAACUGUUUAAGAAAUUUAAGAUGAUACAAAAGUUAAAAAUUUAGAACUUUAAAAAUUAGAAUUAGAAUAAAAAAUACAUGAUGAUGAACAAUUGAUGAAUGAAUUGAGAGCUAGACUUGAAGAAUUAAGGCAAGAAUAUGAAAUUAUCAUUACUGAAAAAGUUACCUAUGCAUCUAAUGAAGUUGAAACUUGGAUGAAAAAAUAUUCUAAUCUAGAAAAAAGUUAUGCUGAGAGCAGUUAAAAAAUUGCUAAUUUAAAGAGAUAAUUGGCAUAAGUUGAAGCUGCUGAUAAAGCUAUGCAAGAAUCAAAGAAAUAAGAAGUUCGUUCAGAAGUUCGUAGAAGUUCAAAACUCAAUUGA